CUUGCAACAUCAUGGUGGUGUACUGGCGACAGGCUGGCCUCAGCUACAUCCAGUACUCCCAGAUCCAUGCAAAAGCAGUGAGAGAUGCACUAAAGGUCGAGUUCAAAGCAAAUGCUGAGAAGACUUCUGGCAGCAGCACAAAAAUUGCGAAACUGAAAAAAGAGUAAUCUUCCCUGGCUAAAGCUUGAAAUGGUACAUUUUCCAAGGUG